AUGGCGAUCAAGAAGAUCCACGCCCGCCAGGUCUACGACUCUCGUGGCAAUCCCACCGUAGAGGUCGACGUGGUCACCGAGACUGGCCUCCACCGAGCCAUCGUCCCCUCGGGAGCUUCCACCGGUCAGCACGAAGCCUGCGAGCUCCGUGAUGGCGACAAGACCAAGUGGGGCGGCAAGGGUGUCACCAAGGCUGUCGAGAACGUCAACACCGUCAUCGCCCCCGCCGUUAUCAAGGAGGGUCUGGACGUGAAGGACCAGAGCGCCGUCGACCAGUUCCUUAACAGCCUCGACGGAACCCCCAACAAGACGAAGUUGGGCGCCAACGCCAUCCUCGGCGUCAGCCUAGCCAUCGCCAAGGCCGGCGCUGCCGAGAAGGGCGUGCCGCUGUACGCCCACGUCUCCGACCUCGCCGGCACCAAGAAGCCCUACGUCCUGCCUGUCCCUUUCAUGAACGUCCUCAACGGCGGCUCUCACGCCGGCGGCCGACUGGCCUUCCAGGAAUUCAUGAUCGUCCCCUCCGCCGCCCCUUCCUUCUCUGAGGCCAUGCGUCAAGGUUCCGAGGUGUACCAGAAGCUCAAGACUCUGGCCAAGAAGAAGUACGGCCAGUCGGCGGGCAAUGUCGGAGACGAGGGUGGUGUUGCCCCCGAUAUCCAGACCGCCGCCGAGGCUCUCGACCUCAUCACCGAGGCCAUCGAGCAGGCCGGCUACACGGGCAAGGUGAACAUCGCCAUGGAUGUGGCCUCGAGCGAGUUCUACAAGGAGGACGUCAAGAAGUACGACCUCGACUUCAAGAACCCCGACAGCGACCCGGCCAAGUGGAUCACGUACGAGGAGCUGGCUGCCCUGUACAGCGACCUCGCCAAGAAGUACCCCAUCGUCAGCAUCGAGGACCCCUUCGCCGAGGACGACUGGGAGGCCUGGAGCUACUUCUACAAGACCCAAGACAUCCAGAUCGUCGGUGACGACUUGACCGUCACCAACCCCAUCCGCAUCAAGAAGGCCAUCGAGCUCAAGGCCGCCAAUGCCCUGCUCCUCAAGGUCAACCAGAUCGGAACUCUGACCGAGUCCAUCCAGGCCGCCAAGGACUCCUACGCCGACGGCUGGGGCGUCAUGGUGUCGCACCGCUCGGGAGAGACCGAGGAUGUCACCAUCGCCGACAUCGUCGUCGGUAUCCGCGCCGGCCAGAUCAAGACGGGUGCCCCCGCCCGUUCCGAGCGUCUGGCAAAGCUCAACCAGAUCCUCCGUAUCGAGGAAGAGCUCGGAGACAAUGCGAUCUACGCCGGCGAGAACUUCCGCAAGGCUGUCAGCCUAUAA